AUGACCGCGGCCCUGACUGAAGAGGCAGAGGUGCACUCAGUCCCUCCCAGCCCACCUCAGCAAGGCAACAGGACAGUCAAUGACACAGAAGCUGACUAUGUAGACGGACUUGUAGCUUUGAAGUUAUCCCACCCUUGCCUGGAAGACCUUAAUAGUUACUGCAUUAACGGAGUAUGUGCAUUCCACCAUGAACUGAAGAAAGCCAUUUGCAGAUGUUUUACUGGUUACACGGGAGAACGAUGUGAGCAUUUGACCCUAACUUCAUAUGCUGUGGAUUCUUAUGAAAAAUACAUUGCGAUUGGCAUUGGCGUUGGGCUGUUGAUUAGUGCUUUUCUUGUUGUCUGCUACUGCUACGUCAGAAAAAGGUGUCUAAAUAUGAAAUCACCUUAUAUCAUCUGCUCUGGAGGGAGAUCAUUGUGAGACCUUAUAAGGCAUAUUCAUCAAGUCAUUUGUCAAAAGCAAUGGGGACUCCAAGAGAGAUCUUCAGAUGAUGCAAAAUGUGACUAA